CUCAAACCGAGCUGCGUUGUAGCGCCUGUCACACUCGCUCCACUGCUUGACUGCAAUCAGGAUGAACCUGUUCUGCUUCUCAUUGGAGGGUUCAAUGGACAGCCUGUAUGAGGCUGCGCAGACCUCCGGCGACAGCCCCCCUCAACCCAUUCCGAGCCGCUCAUGCAGCCGCUCGUGCAGCCCGGCGCUCCUGCUGGACGACGAUGCGAGGUGGAGGGGUUCCGGAAGGUCUAUUUCUAUGGAAAUGACAAUGAGGCCAGGCACCAACGCUCAUAAAAAGAAAAUAAGAACACAGGUAUCCAAAUCCGCAUCAGACAAUGAAACGCUGGAUAACGCUGUUCAUAAUGUGGCGCUUUGGAAGGCUUCCAAGAGCCCAGAAGAUUUAGUCCACAUUGCCAACAACCACAAUGAAGUGAUGAAGAGGACGAAGCACAGAGGAGACAGCAAAGGAGGGAAAUCAGCUCAUCAUUCUGGUACCCAAAAAAGGGAGAAAAAUUCCCCAUGUCAGAACAUCAACACCAAAGGAGCGGCAACAGAGUCUAAACCAGCAGCAAAAAGGAACCAAAAACCUGGAAAGAAAACAACUGGAAAGAAUGGAAAAGAGGGGGCGAAGAAAAGUCACAAUACUAUUGUGCACCCCCCGGCAGGACCCUCAAGUCCCCCCAUGGGGCCACACUACCUGAAUGUGCCCUACAGGUACGAAAGGAGGAUCUACUUGGGCAAGUCCUCCACCCUUCCCACGCAGGAAAACACAACUCCAGGCCGCUGCACCGAUAUGAUCAGCCUGUCUGGUGGUGCGACUCUUACUCACUACCACAAUCACAGCCAUAACCAGCGGUGGAGCAACCCGGCUGACAACAGUCCCACCUGGGGCACCGUCGAGCACACAUGCCGCAGGCCGCUCACGGAGUACCGCCCGUCCUCCAGCGACUUCAGCCUGCUUCACGGGAAGAAGAUGCAACAGCACGAAGACGAGGACGGCGGCCUGAGUGCAAACUGUAAACCCCUGAUUCCCUCAAAUGUGACGCGGUCCGCCACUGACUUGGAUCUGUCAGAACCCAACCACACCACAAGUUUUGGGAGAUUUGAAGGUCUCAGACAUAAUCCAUCUGCAGCCAAAGCAGAAGAGAAUGGAGCAAAUAUGUUAUCUGAAGAAUGUGAGAUCUUGGAACCAAACAAGUCAGCUGGGAUUGGGAAGAAAAUGAAGGCCAUUUCACUGACCAUGCGCAGAAAAAUGGGCAAAAAACACGCCAAAUCCUUUUCUGAGGAGAAGGGUGAUGACACAGAGACAGAGAUUACACCUGCAACUGAAAAGAACUCGACGAGGGCCAGCAACUCCUUGGAAAGUCUUUACAGCGGCCAAAGUUCCUCAAGCGGUGUAACCAGUGAGUCCAAUGGUUCUGGUCAGAGGGACAGUCUGAGGUUGGAGGAGGACGGUUCCUAUCAGGGUCAGUUCUGUGGCAGAGCUCGUGUCCACACAGACUUCGUCCCCAGCCCUUACGACACGGACUCCCUCAAACUUAAGGGUGGUGACAUUAUCAGCAUCAUCGCUAAGCCUCCAAUGGGCAUCUGGACAGGCAUGCUCAACAACAGGGUGGGAAACUUCAAGUUCAUCUACGUGGACGUUUUGGUGGAGAAGGAGGAAAAAGAAGAAGGAGGAGAAGAUGAAGAUGAUGAUGACGAUGACGAUGCUCCCAAGAUACGACAACAGAAAUUGUGCAAAAGACCUCGACCCAAAACGUUGCUGGAGCUAUUGGAGCGCUUGAAUCUGGAGGAGUACGCCUCUGCCCUGCUGCUCAAUGGCUACCAGACGGUGGAGGACCUUACCCACCUUCAGGAAAAACAUCUCCUCGAGCUCAACGUCAAAGACCCCGAGCACAGACGCAAGCUGCUGGCUGCCUCCCAGUUGCACUACUCAGAAGGUGAUGAUGUCAAAGAUGAGGAAGAGAGCAAAUUACCAGGUGGUCCACAUGAGGAAGACAGUGACUGUCCUAGGGACUCGGGUUGCUUCAUCCCGUCCGAGUGCUCAGACAGCAAGGAGGAUGCAGAGCAGCUCACAGACACCGUGGCUUCUUAACAUUGUACUCAUUUGAAGGACGCAUACAUUUAAAAGUGCAUGUGGAUAUUUGCAAAUGUUAUGAUGUGCAGACUCCCUCUCGACUUGGUUUGGUGAUAUACUUAACAUCAUCUUGUCACAUUUUCAACAAUAAUCACCAUGUUGUGUGUCAUUGUGUUCAAAAUCACCACUUUAUUGUAUUUAUUUAAUUCAAAAUCAUUCUGUAUUUUUACUUCUCUAUUCAUUAAUCUAUCAUUAGAAACUCAUUAAUUAUAUCCUUUCAGAAUGUAUUGUUACCUUUAUUUUCUAUGCAUAAAGUGAUGAGUGGGGAUGAGUGAGGAUUUGGAUAGGCGGCACGGUGGUUAGACUGGUUAGAGCGUCUGCCUCACAGUUCUGAGGACUGGGGUUCAAUCCUCGGCCCCGCCUGUGUGGAGUUUGCAUGUUUUCCCCGUGCCUGCGUGGGUUUUCUCCGGGCACUCCGGUAUCCUCCCAUAUCCCAAAAACAUGCAUGGUAGGUUAAUUGAAGACUCUAAAUUGCCCUGUAGGUGUGAAUGUGAGUUCGAAUGGUUGUUUGUUUGUAUGUGCCCUGCGAUUGGCUGGCAACCAGUUCAGGGUAUACCCCGCCUCCUGCCAGAUGACAGCUGGGAUAGGCUCCAGCACGCCUGCGACCCUUGUGAGGAUAACCGGCUCAGAAAAUGGAUGGAUGGAUAAUGUAUUUGCCUUACUGUAUAUACAUACUUUACUGUGCACCAAGUUAAAUGUGUUUGUGUGAAUGGCAAGGAGAGACAAUAGUGUAUUAAUGUGAAUUUCACUGUAAAUAACAAUUGAUAAACACUGCCA